CCAAUGGCCGCAGUGCAGCGUGUGUCGGCUGAAGGCUCGCGCUGGCCCUGUGUGGGGCCCCUCUCAGCUGGCACGGACCUGGACAGCUUUCCAGCUCCCUGACCGCUGUGGGGCCCGCUGCAUUGAUUUUAAUGGGAGCUAGUUGGGCGCCUGGAGCUGGCCGAGAGGAAGAGACACCAGGGAAUAGCCAACUCUUACAGUAAAAGUUGUUUUCAGAGCUGUAAAUUCCAGAUGUUAAAGGUGACUGGCAAGCCACCUCUUCAGGUGCCAUCAACUGCAGCAGUAUAGUCAAUAGACCCAUAGUCAAGCUGAAGAGGGUGCAGGUGGACCAGUGAGGACUAGCACCCAUUUAACUACUGAUGUCACAUCAUGCAUGGAACCCUGCCUAGGAAUAUGGCUCAGAUAAACGUUGAGCAUUAUAUUUAACCAUCCAGAGCUUUACUUUUGUAAAAUUUCCUUUUAAAUAUAUAAAAAGGAUCUAGGGAAAAAAAUAAAAACCUGUAGGCUUCUAGGUAACAUGCUAAAUGCCACUUGUCAGGCCUGAUCCAGCACCCACUGAAGUCAGUAGGAACUCCCAUGGACUUUGGAUAUUAGAUUCAUUUCUUGUUAAGUAUAUAUGAGGCAUUCCACACUUGCAGUACUCUGAUGGACCCCAGAUGAAGAUGUUAAAUCAUUUAAGAAUAAGCCGAAAUUCUUAAGUUAGGCAUGGAACCUAUUGCAAGGAAGAUCUUCAAAGGAGUUUUACUUUUGGAAGUGGCUGGGAUUGCUGGAGCCUAUUUACUAUUUUACAGAAUGGACACAAAUCAAGAUUUUAGGCAUACAAUGAACAAGAGAUUUCCAUCCAUUCUGGAAGUUUAUUACAAAAGCAAUGAAUGGGCUGGAGUUCAUGGAAUAAGGGAGAAGGACCAACUGAAAUGGCUAAGCAGCAAAAAUUAGAAGUAAGUAAAAACAGAAGCAGUUUUUCACAUCUCUGUUGUGGAGCCAAUCAUCACGCUCUGCUUCCCACUUGAGCUGUUUGAUGCCUACAAGGGAAGAGGAGAAACAUGGCAAAUAAGAGGUGGAGGAUAACUGAUGUAUCCUUUGAACAUAGUUUUGUAUUUGAAUAAAUUCUGAUAAAUUCAUAGAACACCAAUAAAAUGUGAACCAUUGGAUUUUUCACCUCAGAAGAAAUUUUUCCAUUAUGUAGAAACUAUUAUACCUGGAACCUUUUGGACCUGUUGCAAAGGCACAAAUUUUAAAAUUGCUUUCAUGUAUCCUGUGUUAUAGUUUGCCUUAACACUAUUGUUUAAGUAGAAAUACUCAAUGUCCAGGAUGGGAGAUAAAUUUUUUAGACUAGAGAAAUGAUGCAAAGAAUACAAAGCCUUAAUUAUACUCAACACAACAGUUUUAUCUGUUUGAUAAAAUACCUACUUUUCAAAAUGGGGUUACACAGAUGUAGAUGGGGGGGGGGGGGGGAAUUGUUUUUGCUCCAUGUACACCAAAGCUGGGGAGUGGUGUGUUUGGCUAAACCUUAAUUACAUCAGCUUUUAUACCAGAAAAAUUCCCAUUGGGGAGAAAGUUAUACGCCUCUAGAAGUUUAAAACCAGUUAAGCUACAUAAAUUUAGAAUUCGAUAUUUAAUGAUGCAAGUCAAAAGCUGCAUAUCAUUUCGCAAAAUGCUUGCAAGUGCUGAGAGUAAGAAUACAAUUAAAUCUAGACUAGGGCGAGAGUCCUUAAACAAGUACUGUUGUACUAUACAUGUACCUACAUAAAAUAAAGUUAUACAGGAGCAGUG